UUCAAGAAAGAUGAAUGUUAAAGAGACGUUGACUUCCCGCGAGUUUCUGCGAUUAGCGGAUUUUCUGUCUUCAAAUGGUUACAGACUAGGUCCAAAGAUUGGCGAAGGAACCUAUUCCAGUGUAAGAAUUGCUGAAAGAACAAGAGACGGGGAAAUUUUGGCUGUAAAAAUGAUUAACAAAAGAAAUGCGAAGAAAAAGUAUGUUACAAAGUUUUUGCCUAGGGAACUGGAAAUUUCAACUCUUGUAAAUCAUCCGAAUAUUAUAUUCACUCAUGAUGUACUGUAUCAAGGUGAAUCCGUUUACAUUAUGAUGGACUACGCUGGGAAAGGCGAUUUACUGCAGUUAAUUAAUACGUGCGGCUCUUUAUCAGAAGAGGAUGCUAAGCGAAUGUUUAGAGAAAUGACAGAAGCUGUAAAAUACUUGCAUGAUCUCGGAAUAACACAUCGUGAUUUAAAAUGUGAAAAUAUUUUAAUUAUGCGAGACAAAAGAGUAACUGUUUCUGACUUUGGCUUUUCUCGUUUGUAUCUGGAUCAGCAGCGUAAUGCUGUCAUGUGCCAGACAUACUGCGGCAGCAGGGCGUAUGCUUCCCCGGAACUUCUGCGUGGAUUGCCUUAUGACCCAAGAACUAAUGAUAUAUGGAGUUUAGGGGUCAUUCUUUUCAUUAUGAUCUGUGGGAAAAUGCCUUUUGAUGAUAGGAAUAUCAAAGAACUGCUGAAAAAACAGGUUUCUGAAGGCAUUUCCAUCCCCGACACAGUGAAAGAAAGGAUUUCAUCUCGAUGUCUAGAACUUAUCCAUCAAAUUCUUGAACCAAAUGCAAAAUCAAGGAUAAAGAUUUGGAAUAUUCUACAGAGCGAUUGGUUAAAAACAUAAUGUUGUCUUAGUAUAUAUUUCCAUUUUAAUAUG